GAAUCCCCGAUCGAGGUACCAACCCCGGUGUAAAUACCUGUCAAAACAGUCAAAAGUUUUACAUAACAAAUUCCAAAAAUGAGUGUUUCAAAAGAAACAAAACCGUUUGAUUAUUGCUCCAGCCCGGAUGGAGAAGAUGUUUUACAAAAAUUUGGCGUUAUUGCCAAACCAGUGGCUCUUACAGCUUUCGCCUUUUCAACAAUCGAUGUGAUGUUACACAGUCACCCUAAAGGUUAUAUGCAGACAAUCGCCAGGUACUGCCACUGCUCCUGGCCUAUAUUUGGGGCUGCCACCGCUUUUGUCAUUGGAAGCAACUUAGCUGGCUCUCUGCGCAAGAAAGACGACCGACUGAACUGGUUUAUUGGUGGUGCUUCAGCGGGGGCUAUUGCCGGUAUCUGGAGGAAAAAUACUCUAACUGGUUGUAUUGUGGCCACAUUUGCGGGAAUAGUUGCACUUAGCAAGAAACACUGCAUAAUGAAUGGCACGCAUUUGUUGUACCCCAAGGAGUAUCACGUACAGUAUGGGGGGCUCAGGACUGUACGUCAAGAUUGGACACUGACUAAGCACAGGCCUGGCAACUGGACCACCGGGGAGAAUUAAAAGGUUUUGUCUUGUAGUUAAAUGUAAAUAAAGAGUUUUAAAUAAAUCAGUUUAUUGAUUUA